GCAACCGGCUGCGGCCACAGAGGAAGCGGCGAGGCUAACUUUGUGGCGAUCAAGGACCCAACGGAGCCUGAUCUCGCGGAAAUUGAAGCUUCGGCGGCAAUGGUUGUCGCGGAGGCCGCCGCCGCCGCAGGCAACGAGAUGAGCCUGUCCAACAUGGUGCUGGGGUUCUACGAGGAGGCCGAGAGGGAGAGGUGGGCGGCGGAGGAGGAGGCCGCCGGCGGCGGCGAUGGCAGCGACGAUGAGGAGUCCGGCGGCGGCAGCGGAGGCGCCGAGAGCAGCGCGUUCUGCCAAGAGCAGCGCUCGCGUUUGCAUGAAGCGCUUGCCAAGAGGAGCUCCGCGGAGAGGCGGGUCCAGGCGGACGCGGAGGAGGCCGUCAGGCAGAUGCGCGCCACGCCCGGCGGCGUCUGCUCCUGCGCGAGCCGAGCGGCCGCGGGAGCAGGAGGAGCCUGCCGGGGCUGCGCGCUACGGUUCGUGGCCGAGCGCCUGCGCGACGCCGGGUACAACAGCGCCAUCUGCAGGACCCGGUGGUGUCGCACCCCGGAAAUCCCAUCAGGGGAGCACAGCUACGUGGACGUGGUGGUGCCGACGAGGAGCGGCAAGGCGGUGCGGGUGGUGAUCGAGCCCGGUUUCCGCGCCGAGUUCGAGAUGGCGCGGGGCGGCGCCGAGUACAGGGCGCUGGUGGCCGCGCUGCCGGAGGUGUUCGUGGGCCGGCCGGAGAGGCUGCGGGCCGUGGUCCGGGUCAUGUGCGACGCGGCCAGGCAGUGCGCGCGCGAGAGCGGCAUGCACAUGGCACCCUGGAGGAAGCAACGGUACAUGGAGGCCAAGUGGCUGGGCACGCCGGAGCGGGCCGCGCCGGGGCCCGGGGGAGCGGCGGCGACGGCGGUGCCCGUUGGCUCGCCCGAGAAGCCGCCCAGGUUCAGGGCGUCCAUGCUCACGCUCGACUUCGGCGGCCGCACCGCGUUGGAGGUCGUGUGAUGAUCGCUGCCGAUCCCACCCUGACGACGACGAUGGAUGAUCACGUGAUGCGGAAACGAGUACUAUAUCUUACUGUGUGCUGUGUCAGCUUGCCCCGUCAUCGGAGACGGUGAUGUAGAUGUAGAUAGGAGUGGUAGCGCGGUCAUGAGACAAGCAACGACUGAAAAGUGAAAACUCUAUUCUCAUUCCGGGGCACAUUACCUGUGAGUUUUCAGUGUACAUCCACUAUAUCAGACUGCUUGACCCUGAAUGCCAAUGUGUAUACCACUACUAGUCCUGAAGAAGCUGAAGAUAAGUCGUAAUUGAGAGGUUUUUGCAAUCUAA